AUGGGUGACCUUCCAAAGGGUAAUUCAUCAGUGUCGUCACUCCACCAUAACUUGCUACAGGAAGUUUGUGGGAGCCGGGCAUCAACUGCGUUGCUCCGAAGCUACAAAAGAAGCUUUAAUGGGUUUGCCGCGAAGCUAGUAGAUGACGAAAAAAACAAAAUAGCUCGUAUGGAGGGAGUCGUGUCAGUGUUUCCAAGCAAAAUCAUGGAACUGCAUACAACAAGGUCCUGGGACUUUAUGGGCUUUCCUCAAGAUGUCAAAAGAGCACCCCUUGAAAGCGACAUCAUCGUCGGAAUGCUGGACACCGGCGCCUGGCCGGAAUCCGAUAGCUUCAAGGACGAUGGAUUUGGCCCCCCACCAUCCAAAUGGAAGGGCUCAUGCGAUUCCACCAAUUUCACCUGCAACAACAAACUCAUCGGAGCAAAAUACUACCUGAGUGACCCGAGAGCCGCCAACCUUUCAGCAAGAGACACCGAGGGCCAUGGGUCUCACACUGCUUCCACGGUGGCCGGACGUGCAGUGAACAAUGCAAGCUUGUUUGGUCUAGCUAACGGGACGGCUCGGGGUGGUGUUCCAUCGGCUCGCAUAGCUGUGUACAAAGUCUGUUGGGAGGGUGGUUGUACAGAAGCCGAUAUCAUGGCAGCUUUUGAUGAUGCAAUUGCUGAUGGGGUCGACAUGAUAUCUCUUUCCGUCGGAAGUCCUUUUCCUUCCGAUUACUUUGAGGAUUCUAUCGCCAUUGGAGCUUUUCAUUCCAUGAAGAAUGGGAUUCUCACAUCCAAUUCCGCCGGAAACAGCGGACCUGUAGCCGGAACAGUUGCUAAUUAUUCUCCAUGGUCGUUAACGGUUGCUGCUAGCACCAUUGAUCGGAAGUUUGUAACUCCGAUUGUGUUGGGCAACAAUAUGACCUUCGUGGGGCCGGCAAUAAACACAUUCGAUGCUGCGAUUCAUCCUAUAGUUUAUGGUGAUUCUGUGACGAAUACAGGAUUUACAUCAGAUGAUUCAAGAAUCUGCGAACCAGGUUCCUUGGACCCAACAUUGGUUAAAAACAAAAUUGUCGUUUGCGAUAGUACAGUGGGUCCCCCAACUGCGUUGGAAUCCGGUGCAAGUGGUGCAGUGAUCGAAGGUGAUUUCGGGUUUGAAGAUACGGCAUUCUCUUGGCCUCUACCAACGACAUACUUGAACGACAAAGAUGGCAGUGCAAUUCAAAGCUACAUAAACUCAACCACAACUCCAAGUGCUAGCAUCCUUAAGAGUAUUGAACUUGUAGACAAAGCUGCUCCAACUGUUGCCUCCUUCUCAUCAAGGGGCCCAAACCCAAUAACAUCCGACAUCCUUAAACCCGAUUUAACUGCACCUGGAGUGGAUAUCAUAGCAGCAUGGUCGCUGGAUACGACUGUCACCGGAGUAGAAGGAGACACUCGUGUUGUACCAUACAAUAUCAUCUCCGGAACUUCCAUGUCAUGCCCUCACGCCUCCGCCGCAGCAGCUUAUGUAAAAUCCUUCCACCCUACAUGGUCUCCUGCCACAAUUAAGUCCGCCCUUAUGACCACCGCUGCACCAAUGAGUCCAACUAAAAACGUGGACCAUGAAUUUGCGUAUGGUUCAGGCCAUAUCGACCCCUUAAAAGCCAUCGAUCCAGGUUUGGUGUAUGACGCCGGAGAAGCAGAUUUCGUGUCAUUUUUAUGCGGGCAGGGUUAUAACGCCACAAUUUUGAAAAUCGUCACCGGGGAUACAAGUGCUUGCUCGGCGGGGAAUAACGCGACUGUUUGGGACCUAAACUAUCCUUCGUUUGCACUAUCGGCUAAUCAUUCAGGCACCAUUGUCAGGACCUUUAAUAGGACUGUUACUAAUGUGGGUGCACCGGAGUCUACAUACCAGGCUAAUGUGGUAGCGCCAUCAGGAUUUGUGGUGAAGGUUAGCCCGAGCAGUCUUGCGUUCAAAGCAGUGGGGGAGAAGCAAUAUUUUGUGGUGACUGUUGAAGCGACAAUUGGGUCAAUGAUGAUUUCAGGUUCCUUGGUUUGGAGUGAUGGAGUUCAUAAUGUCAGGAGUCCGAUUGUUGCCUUCAAGAAUUAA